AUGGCUAGAAAUGAGUCUUCCUCCAAAGCACAUAUGUUUGAUGGCACCAACUAUGCCUUUUGGAGUAGAAAAAUGGAGACAUACAUGUCUUCUCUUGGGUUUGACAUAUGGAUGUCAGUGAAUAAUGGAUAUAUAGUUCCAUCCACUCCUCCUACUGAUCUUGAUACUAAAUGGGAAUAUAAGAUCAAUGCAAAGGCCAAAAAUGUUAUCUUAAGUGGUAUGUUUGAUAUAGAGUUUGUCAAAGUCAUGCACUGCACUUUAGCAAAAACAUGGGAUAAGAUACAAAGAUUAUAUGAUGGAGAUACUAAAGUAAAAGAAGCGAAACUGCAAAAUUUAAGAACUCAAUUUGAAAAUUGGAAAAUUAAAGAAGAAGAGAAGCUAGCUAUUUAUCUACAAAGAGUGGAUGAGAUUGUGAGCACAAUAAUAGGACUUGGAGAAGAAGUCAUAGAUGAAUUUAUUGUCAAAAAGGUCAUGAGAUCAUUGACUACAAGGUAUGACACAAAAGUUUCUGCUAUUGAAGAAGCUAAAGAUCUGAAAUCUUUCUCUAUGGAUGAAUUGUUUGGGUUUCUAUCAACUUAUGAGAUGAGGACAGUAAGUGUUGAAGUUUUUAAGAGAGAGGUUGCCUUCAAUACCACACAAAAAGGAAAAGAACAAGCUACAAAUGAGGAUGAAAAUGAUUCUGAUGCUACCGUAGCAAAAUUUGUAAGGAAGCUCAAAAGAAGUUCAAGAAAGUACAAAGGUAAGUUGCCCUUCAAAUGUUUCAACUAUGGCAAGAUUGGACACUUUUCAUCUAAGUGCCCUUAUGGAGAAAAGGAUGAAGGGAAAGGAAAAGAUGAAAAAUUGUUACAAGCCAAGGAGAAAUUUUAG